AUGGCACCUGACGGAGGGAAUGUGGGGCUGGCCGCGCUGAGCGUGGCCGUUCUGUUGGGUAUCCUCGGCUUGUUUGCAUUCUUCGCUUUGCGCACCAAGACAGCGGCUGAGGAGGAGGAGAAGCAGAAGCAGCAAGCUCCGCGGCGGCGUGGCGCACUUGACCGUAUGCAAAGAGGUGCUCGUGCCGCUGGGGAGGCAGAGGAGGCCGACGAAGGGAAGAAGACGAAUGCGCUGAAAGAGCAGAAGAAGCAGGAGAAGCGAGCGAAUCAGCAAGCGCAACAACAAGCCGAGCGCGAGGCGCAGCAAGUGAAAGCAGAGAAGAACGCAAAGUACAGCCAGAAGCAGCAAGAACGGGAAGCCGAACGAUUGCGCAAGGAAGCCGAACAGGAGCAGGCCAGGAAGGAGAAAGAACAGCAGGAGCAAGAAGAGUUCAGCAAAUGGAAAGAGAUGUUUGCCGUGGAAGCGGAGGGCGAGGACGACGGUUCCAUUGGGGAGUCCGCUGUUGAGAAGUUCAUAGACUAUGUCAAGCUCCGGAAGGUGGUGAACCUCGAGGACUUGGCGGCCGAGUUUCGAAUGCGCACAGUCGCCGCCAUCAAUCGACUAGAAGAGUUGGAGAAGAUGGGCCGACUCAGCGGCAUCUUUGAUGACCGGGGGAAGUACAUCUACAUCACCGUAGAGGAGAUGGCCUCAGUGGCUGAGUGGCUGAAGAGAAAAGGCCGAGUCAAUCGGGCGGACUUGGUGGCUGGUUGCAACAAGCUCAUCCGCCUCAAUCCAACGGAGGAGGACAAGGAGAAGCUGGAUGCCGAAGCUCGCACCGCAGAUCUGGGAGGCGAAGCUGAGGGUGAGACCUCGAGAGAGUGA